ACUGUUGUCCCUCUUCUCGCCUUACCUACCUUUUCCUUGUACCAGUUAGCUGUAAUUUAACCUUUACCAAUAUACUGGAUGGAAAUUUCGCCACAGGAGCUCGAAAGUGUGUUGUUCGUUUGUGUUAAUAAUAAGGGAUAUGGCCGCUGCGGUGCUACAGACGCGGAUAACCGCCAUAUUGGACGUGUUAACGAAGGCAGCCGUGGCGGAGAUUAGCCAGCUCAUUCAGGAGGACAGCGCUGUGUAUCACCGCGAAAUGAAACGGAGGGAGGAUGAGAUCGAGGGACUGAAGAAACGGCUACAGGUCACCGAGAAAGAGCUGAAGAAAGUGCAGACCACAGCUUUGGGCAGGUGUUCAGUCGGUGUCCAGGUCGAAAUUAUGGCUACAGAUUUGAUGACCUGUGGAAAAGAAACACCACCUGAGGACCGUAUGGAAGUAUACAAAAUAGGUUCAGCCCAAGAGCUUGAAGAAGAGAAACCACAGAUUCCAGACAAAACAUUUCCAUCUACACAUCAUGCCACGAAAGAGCCCAGGGUUCCAGCAGAACCAAAGCAAAGAGAUCCGAGGUGCGAUGAAGACGAGUUCAGCAGCCUGGAAUUUGAAAUGAAAAUCGAGCAGGUGGAAGAGCUGGUGGAUCAGGAACUGAGCCUUCCACGGGCAGAUUAUGGUAUGGCAGAUCCGAGCGUGAGCUCCGAGCACAAAACGGACCCGAGAGACACUCAACUGUGGCCGUCCCUGGAAGACAACUCGGCAAAUGAGUUCUCCGUCCCCGAUGGCUGUAUCGGGUUAGAGCAGUAUGAACAGAUUCCUACUGACCAGUGUCUGGCCCAGGUGAUGAAGGAUCCUCUGAGCGUCCACCCUGACAACACAUCCAAUAAACGUAUCGAUUCGUUUGGUUCUGCACAUGCCAGGAUUGACAGAGAAAUGCACUUUGAGGGCAACAUUGCGAAAAGCUCUGAAUAUGGACAGAUUAGAGACGGUCUGGGUCACCUCAAAGCAUCAAGGCCGCCACACAGCAACAAGCACAGACAGUCGUUCAGUGCGGUGCCACGCUCACAUGCGCAUUUGCCCACAAAUACUUUCUCAGUUCUGGACAUGGCUCCUAUGAGGCAAAACAUGCAGGCCAGCCAUGUCGGAUCGAAGCCUUUUCGCUGUGAGGAAUGCGGUAAAGGCUUUACCCAGAGGAUGAGACUGAUCACACACAAGCGAAUACACACGGGUGAGAAGCCAUACCACUGCCAACUCUGCGGCAAGAUGUUUUCAAGGCAGGACAACUGCCUCAGACAUGUACGUCUACACAGUGCACAAGGGUGGUAAAGGGUGGUACUUUGAUUGUUGGACCGUUUUUCUAAUAAUUAUGAGUGCUGUGCAGAGAAGACGGCUUUACUUCCUGUCUUGUAGACCAUCACGACUAUAUCUAGUAGAUUAAAAGUCUCUGGCGCCCUCCAGUGGUUGGCUCUGGUAGGCCACUAGGUUCUAAUCUCUGUAUUUUUAGAUUCUGAGCUUGUUCUUUAUGCAUUUUUUUUCUCUUUCAUAUAGAUGUUUUAUAUGUUUUAAAAUGGAAAAAAGCAACAGCAUACAGAAACAAUCUAAAUACAAUAUGAAUUAACCUUGUAGUACACAUUCAAGAGGAAUCCAGGGCCAUGUCCCAAACCACAUAAUGCAUACCACACUGGACAUCACUGCAGUACUGAAACAAUAUUUUCUCAAGCAUUAUGCAGCCAAGGACUUGUACUGUAAUAAAAAUGCUUGAUAUUUAUUGCCACUGUCCACCAGCAGAACACAUAUUAAGGUUGAAGUUCAGAUUAUUUAUAGACCUACUUGUUUUGUGAUUAUUCAGUUCAACAGUAACAGUGGAUUGUGAUUUCUGCCACUGUAUGCAUAAGCAACCUGUGAAUGCUUUACUUGAUCUAUAAAACUAGCAUACAGGUUUGUGAUCAAGCCCAAACCAGAGGGUGUAAUUAUUGUCAUUGUUAAUAAAGCGUGAUUUAUUCUGCAGCAUUGUAAAAAAACCUGUCCACAUUAUUGAGGUUGUCACUGUUGCGAGGUACUAGCUCAAACAAAAGGGCUUUGUGACUGUGCUCUGCCUUAAUGGAAAUUUUCCGACAGGUUUUUUUGGGCGAGUGCAAUGAGCAAAUUCCGACCAAUUAGAGCCACACAGGUGAUUUUGACUGACUGUUUUGACACUUGUUGAGUGAUUUGUAGGUAAAUGAAUUACUUGCCCCACCCUCAGGAUGAUCCGACGAGGAAGAAGCCAGUGACAUUGUUAAUUCGGAGGAGAAUAAAAUCACAAAGCCGGAUUUAAUGUUAAUUCCAUUAGACAGCUGUUGCUGUCCAAACCUACAUUGACUAAAUCAAAAAAUAAUUAGCAAAUGACAGACCAGUCAGAAGUGUAUUGUCACACCUUUCCUGUUCUACUGCUUACAUAACUUAAUGCAACACAUGAAUAAUGGAAAUUAGGACAAGGAAAUUACUUCCUCUCCAUAAAUAAAUUUGCAAAAUGUGUGCAAAAGAGCAGUCAUAAAGGUAAAGAGGGGCAUGCAGGUUAUUCUAGAAUAUUUAUUAUUAGACUGGAAGAUGCAAACAAUUGGGAUAUUUAAUUUUUUUUUUCUUUUUAAGCCUUUGUGAUUUCCAAUG